CCGUAAUGAGGAUUAAUCAGUUGGUCAUGCGCAGCUUUGAGGUGCUGGCAGAUGAAAUGUGGAGAAGUUUAUGCCGAUUGGUUUGCCUUGGUCUGGCCCUAGUGUCAGAGGUCUCUACAUUGACGCUUGAACUGCCAUCGAAGAUUUUAGGCUCCUGUUAUUUUCAAGAAAGUUCGCCGCUGCCGCUCACAGUGGCUGCGAAUGAUCCCCGGUCCAAAAAUGACGAGCUGCUGUCAGUUCUAGUUCUUUUGCUGUCAUUUGUUGUUGAUUCAAUAUUACUAUGUCAACAUUCGAUGAGAGCUGUCAUGCUGAAAAGUCCAAAUCGUUCAAGAUGUGAUAUGGAUCAAAUAAUGUGAUGUGGAUUGGAGUGUCAAUACUAGGGCACUCGGGCAAAACCCCCCUAGCCAUGGAAGUUGAAGCCUUGCAAAGCCUACCUCCCUUGACUCCGGCAUUGCUAACCACUACGUUUUAUGUGUGCUAUAGACAGCGUUCUUUUGAUUAAUCAAUUUUCUGCUGGUUAUUUGUCAGUUGAUUAAGCUAUUAGCCUGAGUUUCAGAUUAGAUACGUUGGCUAUGAAAGUCUUUUGCCGAGCUUCUGCUUUUUGAAGUCAAAAUCAUAAAAGUUGGAUAAUUUGGCUUUAUUUUAGUGCUAUUUAGACUUUUCUGGACUCGCUCAGGAUUGUGCUUGGACGUUCAUUAAGUAGUGUGCUUGUGAAGGUAACUUCAAGGUAGGAGCACAGGGCCCUGAUAUGCAAAGAAAAACAAUUGCAUUAUUUCCAUUAGCAAUACAUUUUUAUUGCUGCUAUAUCUGUAUCAAAAGUACACGAUGCCACAAAGGGUCGACUGUUUUUGCUAAAAGCUGUCCCAACUUCCCUUCUGGGACAAUCAUAGCUUGCUGACGACGUUGAGUCAUCAUCAUUUCGAGGCCGCAAGCAAUAGAAAUCAGCACACUAAUCACAGGGAAACGAGCAUGCCUUGUAUAGCAAAAAGUUACGGAAAAGCGUCUAUAUAUUCACAUAAUGUAAUAAAAAUAAUAUAGAUAUUCAGAAAAAACACUAUCGCUUAAACGUUUCGACCGAAGUCUUCAUCAGUAAUACUUUACAAAUCAAAUGGAGCUAACAUAUACAAAAUCAAUACAAUAGAAUUAAUACAAUAGAGUUGGUACAAUAAAGUGAAUACAAUGAGGAGGUUAAAGGAAAAAUGGCCUAUUACAAUAGUUAUUGUUAAAAGUGUAACUCAACGGGAGGGUUAGAAGAAAGCACAGGAGAAGGUGCUGCUAAAGUAGGCGGCAAUGCAAGUCUCACGGGGGCUUCAAAUGAUAUGUGUAGCAGAAAGGAACACCUGUUUAAGAAGAAUAAUAGAUACGCAAAGAACGUAAAAAACAUGUGCUAGUGGCAGAAGAGAGAAAAAAAAUACAUGCAAAGAAAUAGCCUAAAACCUAUGUAUCAACAUGUCUAGUGUUUAAGCCCUUAGGAGAAAAACUGUCUAGCUUAUACUGCCAGAAGCUUUCUCGCAUCCUAUUCCCCCCAGUAAGUCUAUCAAUUAUACUAACCCUUAUAUCCUGUAGAAAACCCCGGUGGCCUUCUCCAGAAAAGUGCCUGAAAAAAUUCCGCCUGAGGAACUGAGGAUCCCUGACUGAACUUACGAUUACAUGCCUUGUAGUUAUUAAACCUUAAUCUAAAGGGCGUGUUAGUGCAACCAACAAACUGCACACCAGAAACAUUGCACUCUAACAAAUACACAACAUUAGGCGAAUCACAGUUAAACGAGUAAUUUAUCUUAUAUUCCUUACCAGUUACCUUAGACUUAAAACUAUCACAGUUACUCGUGACAUUACACACUUGACAACGAGCUUUACCACAACCAGAACAUCCCUUAAUAUGUGUGCCCCCUUGUCCCCGAUUACUGAGCCUAGCCCUGACCAAAAUGUCCUUAAGGUUCUUACAUCUUCUUAAAAGCAAUAAUAGGUGGCCCAGGAAACAUAUAUAUAAAUAUAUAAAUAUAUAAAUAUAUAAAUAGCAUAGAGUUGGAGAAAAUAAAACUAAAUGUUUUAUCUCUACAAGCCUGUUUCGUGAAUAGCUCACUCUCUAUGCUAUAUUACACUCUACGUGCAAAAGUAUUGAGCACUGUGCUACGGAACUAUCAACAGACAAGUUUCUGUAUAAAUAUAUAUACACAUAUAUGCGUUCCCCGCGACCCACUACAUAAUUGGCAUGAACAUAUGCAUUUAGUAAAGUUCUUUGUAUCUUUAUUGCUUUAUUGCAUCCGCCUUGUACCUCGAGUCUCAAAACUGACCAUGCAAUCGAUUUUAAACGUCUCUUGUAAAUAUCGAAUGUAUAGUAACUGAGCAAUAGGAAGGUCAGUUUUCAAUAUUCUUUAGACAAUUUAGUAUCAUCUGCCUUUUCAUUUUGCCUUAUUUUUACUGCAUGUUAUGCGGUCUCCUUCAAAUUCAUUAACCAAAUGUUCGCCUGUUUGUGUACAGAAACGCUAUUCGAGGAAUGAGAUGUGCUAUGGUAUGGCAGCAUAUGGCAAGAAAUUGCAAGAAAUUAUCCACAUCUGACAUUUUUUAUAUCAAGACAUCUAUUUCUUGCAACAUCUCAACAAAAUCUAUUUCUGGCAUGUUUUGGCAUCAACUUUUGACACUAUCUUAAGAAAUGAUUAACUUCUAACAUCUGUUCAACAAUUCAUCAACUUCUUGCAACUUCUCAAGAUCCCGUCUACUUUUGACAUAUUCUCAACAAAUCAUUCACUUUUUUGCAUUCUCUUAAAGUCACCUACUUUUAGCAUCUUCUUAAUGUUAACUUCUUAAAGUCUACCACUUUAUGAAUUUCUUAAGUAGUUGUCAACUUCUGACAUCUGCUCAAAAAUUCGUCACUUUCUUGCAACUUCUUAAGAUCUUGUCAACUUCUGACAUCGUUUCAACAAUGCAUCAACUUUCUGCAACUUCCUCAAAAGUUGUCACCAUCUGAUAUCUUCUCAACAAUACAUCCACGCUGUGUAUGGUCUUAUCAAGUCAUCCACUUCUGGAAUCCUCUUAACAAGUCAUCCAAUUUUUGCACCUUCUUAUCAGGUCAUUCACAUCCGGCAUUUUCAUAUCAAGUCGUCCAUUUCUUGUAACAUUCUAAGAUGGUGUAACCUUCUGACACCUUCUCAACAAUUCACCCAAAUCUUACAUUGCAUAUUCUUAUAAAGUCAUCCACUUCUGGAAUCUUCUAGUCA